CUUCAACUGCCAGACCAGUGCAGUCGAUCCAGAAAAAAAGAUUGACAGUCUGCAGGGCGACGGAAGUUGCCUGCAUCCUCAUUACUAUACUUAUGGGCGUGUUUUGUGCUGAGGCUCUCUAGAGAGGAGGGUUUGGGGAUCCUGGUCUCCAUGGUAACACAGUCCUGCCCCAGCUGCCAUGUCCUCCAUCUCUUUGUCAACAUCCCCUGGUUGUGGUGGUGAUGCUGCAGCUGCCAUGGCAACCCAGGGAUGUGAGCAGGCUCUGCUGGCCUCAGACCGCUAUGCCAGACUCAUCCUGGCCCAGAUGAACAAAAUGAGGCUCCGCACCGACUUUUGCGAUGUGGGGCUGAAGGUCGGCAGCCGGGUCUUCAGGGUCCACCGGCUGGUGCUCGCUGCCAGCAGCCCAUAUUUCUCUGCCUUGUUCUCCGGGGGGAUGAGGGAGGUGGAUAAGGAGGAGGUGCAGAUCCUCGGUGUGGAGACUGAAGUUUUUGAGGUUUUGCUGGACUUCAUAUAUACAGGCGUGAUCAGCGUGAAUGUGGAGAACGUUCAGGAGCUGAUGGUUGCAGCAGACAUGCUGCAGCUGAAUGAGGUGGUGUCUGUCUGUGGAGAGUUUCUCAAGAGCCACAUGGACCCAACCAACUGUGUGGGCAUCUUUCAGUUUUUGGAGCAGAUUGCCUGCAUGGACAUGCUGGAGUUCACUGAGAACUACAUCCAAGUUCACUUUCUGGAGGUUUGUGUUACUGAUGAGUUCAGGGGCCUGUCAAAGGAUCAGUUGGUGAGGCUGCUGCGAAGUGAAGAGCUGAGGAUUGAGGAUGAAUACCAGGUAUUCACCGCAGCCAUGGACUGGGUUCUCCAAGAUGUGGCAAAGAGGAAAAAACAUAUAGUCGAGGUGCUGGAACCAGUCCGCUUCCCUCUGCUUUCUCCACAGAGGCUGUUCAAGUACAUAGAAGGUAUUACUGACUUCAGCCUGAGGGUGGCACUGCAGACUCUGCUGAAGGAGUACACUGAAGUCACAAAGUCUCCCAAAGAAAAUAAGAUAUACAGUCAGCUACAACCAGCCAAGAUGAGGCCCAGAAGAAAAGCCAGGAAAUACCUGUAUGCCAUAGGAGGCUACACUCGGUUGCAGGGCGGCCGCUGGAGUGACAGCAGGGCGUUGAGCUGCGUGGAGCGCUUUGACACCUUCAACCAGUACUGGACCACGGUAUCAUCCCUACACCAGGCCCGCAGCGGUCUUGGGGUUGCAGUCCUGGAGGGUAUGAUCUAUGUGGUGGGAGGGGAAAAAGACUCAAUGAUUUUUGACUGCGCAGAGAGAUAUGACCCAGUGACCAAGCAGUGGGCUGCUGUGGCAUCUCUGAACUUUCCUCGCUGUGGAGUUGGUGUCUGCCCCUGUCAUGGAGCUCUGUAUGCACUCGGGGGUUGGAUUGGGUCGGAGAUUGGGAAGACAAUGGAACGAUAUGACCCAGAGGAGAACAAGUGGGAGGUCAUCGGCAGCAUGGCAGUUCCUCGUUACUACUUCGGAUGCUGUGAGCUACAAGGGUUUAUUUAUGUGAUCGGAGGAAUCAGCGAUGAAGGGAUGGAGCUGCGCUCAGCUGAAGUGUAUGACCCCAUCUCCCGCCGAUGGAGCGCCCUGCCCGUCAUGGUCACACGUCGAGCUUAUGUGGGUGUUGCCUGCCUCAAUAACUGCAUUUACGCCGUGGGUGGCUGGAAUGAGGCGCUGGGUGCACUGGAGACAGUGGAGAAGUAUUGUCCUGAAGAGGAAAAAUGGAUGGAGGUGGCCCCGAUGUCUACUGCACGUGCAGGCGUUUCGGUGUCAGCAGUUAACGGGCUGCUGUACGCUGUCGGGGGCAGGGCCGCCAGCAGAGACUUCUCUGCCCCGGUGACGGUGGACUCUGUGGAAAUCUACGACCCUCACCUGGAUACCUGGACAGAGGUCGGCAACAUGAUCACCAGCCGCUGUGAUGGAGGCCUGGCUGUGCUCUGACAUACAGGAAUGUUCAGAUUCAAACUGUGGACCUUCAUGUCAGCCCCUGAAUCAUCCCAAAACUGCGUGAACUAAAGAGAAGCUGCACCUUAAAAAACACAAAAGUGCGCUUUUGUCUCAUGUGGGCUUUCACAUGAUCAUUUAUGUUAUUUAUACAUGGUUUAGACAUGUUUUGUUUUUUUAUUUGUCCGUAACAUUUGACAUUAAUUUGAAGUUUGAAUAUCACAGCAAAUCAAUGACUGGAAAACUGCCAAAACUGCUUCCAUUAACACUGUUACAUGGCUCAUCUGUUCUUCGAUUCUACAAGAAUGUGAGAGUGGCAACGCACUUGUAUUCCCCUUUUGUGUAUUGGGAGACAAAGCUAUCCUGACCAUGAGGAUAAUUUUUUCACAGUAGAGGAUUCUAUUUUUGAUUGACCAGAGAGUUUUUUUUUAAGCAGCGUUAGAGUCCUGUGGGGACUGAGAAUACUGUUCUGGGCUAAGAUGUGAAAGCAGCGUUCUUUAGAUUGUUUUCUUUUUAUCUUUCCUCAAAGAAAUAUUUGAGGUGUGUGCUUUGCUACUUGGAAAAUGGAUCAAACCACUUUGAGCCUAUUUCAUAAUGGAACCAAAUGAAACUUAAGGGUGUUUUAAGUUUCAUGGUUAGUGACUUCUGUGAAUAGUUGUGAACUUGAACAGCCACCAGUGGUGCGAUUGCUCUGUUCCAACUGGAUUAUUUUUGUAUAUAUAUAAUACUGUAAAUACUUGUGCCUCUGUCACUAUUUACGCUUAAGUCCAAGCGGGCGAAUACUGCUCAUUUCGCUCAUUGGUAGCACCUGAAAUGUUUAGAAUUUACAUUUCAUCCUUCUAAAGUUGAAACACUUGACAAUAAUUGACAAUGCACAUGUACAGAAAUGUGUUUACCUUGUUAAUGCAAAGUACUGUUAGUUUCCUCUUUGGAUUUUGUGAAAUGAGUGCAUAUCACAUUGAGGUGUUGCAAAGUUACAGUAUCACCUAUCGUGUACUGUUAUCUCUUUGCAAGGAACACAAUAUUACAGAACAGCAAUCACGUCUUUCAUUGUUGAUUUUCAUAUUUAAUAAACUUCAUAAAAAAGAGGCGUCUGCUGGGUUUGAAAUUAGCCUACAUUACCCCUUU